AUGAGCCGCGUCACACUCGCCCAAGAAAUAUGUACAAGCACCCAGGCUUACCCGACCUGCCAGUGCAAGGAACCAAAACCAAAGUGCCCAAAGACCAAGAAGAAAAAGAACAUCCAGGAGACCCGCGAAGCUCAAGAGCUGGCUGCAGUUGAAGGAUUGCAGCGGCUUGCUGCUAUGCAGGAGGAGAUGAAGAAGGCAGAGGUGCAAAGCACGACAAAGAAGUCAAAGGCAGUAAGACCCCACACUCGCCCUGUCAAGAAAAAGUCGACACCUGCUCCUCAAGCAGAUAAGAAACUCCUGGGAGCAGGAGCUGCUGGUGAGGAUGGUAUUGUUGAGGAUAAAGAUGGAGGACAUCAGAAGGACGACAGAAUCAAAACAAAGAAGAAGACUGAGAAGGACGUUAUCAAGGCUGCGCCUCAAGUUCUUGUUGGUGAUUUUGGCGACAAGCUUAUUUGUUCAGAGGAAUGCCUGAAUACUAUCCCAAAGGCAUCUGCAGUUAAGAUUACCAAUGUGGCUACUGAGCUGACUGAGGAUGGAUCGCUCCCAAUGGGGGCCAUCAAGGACAACGCUGAGAUUGAUGCACCAACAGAUGCAGACGACGAUGUGCCCACAGAUGCAGAUGACAAUGCGCCAACGGGUGCGGAUGACAAUGCACCAACAGAUGCAGACGACAAUGCAGAAGAUGACGCGAGAAUGGAUGUCGAGGACGAUGGGGCCUACAAGACUCAGGACAUCAGUGAUGGCCUGAGCAGUUUGACAUUUUGCUGCUCCAAGAACCAGAAGCACAACACUGUGGACACCAAACACCCUGCCCCAGCCUCUAAGGAUUCCUCAGACAAAGAUGAUGAUAUUGGGGCUCUCAAUGUGGAUCCUCGUCUAACAAAGCCUACGGGCUCCAAGACAGCAAAGAAGGCUGUACAUUUGACGUCUUCCACUUCCAUUGGCAUCUCCAAGCCAUCUACUACACUGCAGCCACCCGCAAAGAAGAUUAAAAUUGAGGACGGGGCCAAUGAUACUGAUCAGCAAUGGUCCAAGCACUUCCUCCCAACUCUUUAUUUGUGGGCUGGUAGUCAAGAUGACCUCUGGCAAAUAUCAGACGCUUCUCUCAUUGAAGCGCUUCAAUGUAUUAUGGAUGUCGUGUAUGACGAUUCGGAUCUCCAGUACAAGGCCACACAACGUCUAGCAGAGUGGCGCAGCAAUUUUGGUUCAACAGGACUUGCUAUAAUGAUUGAUUUCUUUGCUCGGAACAAGGACACUGAUGUGAAAGUGCUUGGCAAAGCACUUCUGGACAACUUCGCUUUUAUUUUCGAGGACAUGGACAACAUGGAUCCAAUGCAGGCAUUCCGCUCUCCAUUCAUGUUACAACUCUUCACUACUGCUCAUCUUCAUAGCAUUAUCUGGCACACUCACAUCACCGCGCUCAAAACGGAUGUGUUGGCUUCCAUUGGCAUGGCUGGCGUUCUCGGCAUUUGUGCAGCUUCACUCAAGUGUGCCAUUAAGUGCCUCAGCGACGGUGCCAUUGACAUUGAUUCGGAUGCCCUCGAUAUGCAUCCCACACAACGGAAGCGCAAGCUGUGGAUGCCGAAGACAUUCAAUGAGGCCACUGGCAAUCACAGCAUCACUGAGCACGCCUUCUCUAUCAAUAACUGGGGUAUCAAGAAAAAGGGGGAUAUUUUUCUGAGGGACACAUCAUUGAUGGCCCGGAAAUUAUUGAAGAAGUCGGGCAGUGCUAGCCUCCAGAAGUACCUUCACCUCAAUGACGAGGAAGAAUCUGACGUCGACAAACACAAUCACAAUUUCAUGCUGCUUCAAGUUUUCAAAUCAUGCUGUCUUCACCUCUUUGUACCAUCGCAUUUUGCUCACUAUUCCGCCAUCCCUCUUUAA